AUGGCUCUUCGCGUCGAUUACGAAGGAUCCAACGACGUCGGUGUGUUCUGCACACUCACCAACAGCUAUUGUCUCGUCGGCGUCGGUGGCACACAGAAUUUCUACAGUAUUUUGGAGGCGGAGCUUAGCGAUCUGAUUCCAGUUGUUCACACAUCGAUUAACUCGACAAGAAUUGUUGGAAGACUUACAGUUGGAAAUCGUCACGGACUUCUCGUGCCAAACGCCACCACCGAUCAGGAGCUCCAACAUCUCCGAAAUUCGCUUCCAGACGAGGUCGCCAUUCGUCGAGUCGACGAGCGUCUCUCCGCUUUGGGAAACGUCAUCGCGUGUAAUGAUCACGUCGCAAUUGUUCAUGCAGAGAUCAGCGCAGAGACCGAGCAGGCUCUCGUAGAAGUGCUGAAAGUGGAGGUAUUCCGUGUGUCUCUCGCUCAGAACUCUCUCGUCGGCAGCUAUUGUGCUCUCAGCUCUAACGGAUGCCUCGUAGCUGCUCGUACUCCACCAGAGACCCAGAGAGAGCUCGCCGCUCUUCUUCAGAUUCCAGUCGUCGCCGGUACAGUCAACAGAGGUUCAGAGCUCAUCGGAGCCGGUAUGGUCGUCAACGAUUGGGUCGCGUUCUGUGGUCUGGACUCGACUUCCACAGAGCUGUCGGUUGUCGAAUCGAUUUUCAAGCUCGGCGAGCAAGGAGCACCGACCAGCAUCAGCAAUCAACUCAGAGACACUCUCAUCGAGAGUAUGCUCUAA